GUAUCGGGCGGCGCGCCCGGCGAUUGGCCGUGUGCGUGUGUGCGCGGUGACGCGUGUCGCGGCGGUGCGGGUCCCGAUUGCUGCAGCCGCUUGUCAGUGUGACGAAGAUUGGCACCCAAGGUUUCUGUUGUUUACUUUGUGCAUCAGUGGGAUCACUCUACUGGAACAAGAUAAUGUCAUCUUCAACCCACUGAAGGAAAGGAAUAUUUGUUCAUACUUAUGAUGAUUUGACGUAAUUAACAUAUUAUUAACCAUGAUGGCAACACAGACAUUAAGUAUAGACAACUAUCAAGAUGGACAACAGAUGCAAGUAGUAACAGAAUUAAAAACUGAACAAGAUACUGAUGCAGAAGGGGUGAGUCCUGCCCCUGUAGAAUCUCAAACUCCAAUGGAUGCGGACAAGCAGGCCAUUUACAGGCACCCACUAUUUCCCCUGUUAGCACUAUUAUUUGAAAAAUGUGAACAAUCUACACAAGGCUCAGAAGGCACAACUUCUGCUAGUUUUGAUGUAGAUAUUGAAAAUUUUGUAAGGAAGCAGGAGAAAGAAGGAAAACCUUUUUUCUGUGAAGAUCCAGAAACAGAUAAUUUGAUGGUAAAAGCAAUACAGGUUCUACGUAUCCAUCUGCUUGAGCUAGAAAAGGUUAAUGAACUCUGCAAGGAUUUCUGUAGUCGUUACAUUGCCUGCCUGAAGACAAAAAUGAACAGUGAAACUCUAUUAAGUGGAGAGCCUGGAAGUCCUUACUCACCUGUGCAAUCCCAGCAAAUUCCAAGUGCCAUUGCAGGCACACUCAGUCCCCAAGGGAUUAUGGUGCAAGCAUCAGCAUUGCAGCAGGGAAAUGUAACUAUGGCAACAGUAGCAGGAGGGACAGUGUAUCAGCCAGUCACUGUGGUCACUCCACAAGGUCAAGUGGUGACACAAGCACUGUCACCUGGGACUAUUCGGAUCCAGAACUCUCAGCUUCAGUUGCAAUUAAACCAAGAUCUAGGCAUCUUGCAUCAAGAUGAUGGCUCAUCAAAAAAUAAAAGAGGAGUUCUUCCCAAGCACGCCACAAAUGUGAUGAGAUCUUGGCUUUUUCAGCACAUAGGGCAUCCAUAUCCAACAGAGGAUGAGAAGAAACAGAUUGCAGCACAAACAAAUCUGACACUACUCCAGGUUAACAACUGGUUUAUCAAUGCUAGACGGCGAAUUCUUCAGCCAAUGCUGGAUUCCAGUUGUUCUGAAACUCCAAAAACAAAGAAGAAAACAGCUCAGAACCGACCGGUUCAGAGGUUCUGGCCUGACUCCAUUGCCUCAGGAGUUGCUCAGCAGCAAUCUAACGAGCUUACAAUGUCAGAUGGUGCUGUUGUAACAAUUACAGCUCCAGUCAACAUGAAUGUAGACAGUCUUCAGUCCUUGUCAUCCGAUGGUGCUACUUUGGCUGUUCAGCAGGUGAUGAUGGCAGGGCAAAGUGAGGAUGAGUCUGUAGACAGCGGUGAAGAUGAUGGAGGAGAUCUCUCAACAACAAACAUCAGUGGGCUGGUCUUGGAUAACAGCGAUUCUCUGCAGUAGGAAGCGAGAGUGUGACAAAAUGUUUAGGAAAAAGAAUAAACUGACUGACUGACUUUUUAUAGUUUGCACAGCAAACAUUUUACACAAGUUUUAUUUCUAAUAUGUUUUAUAUGUAGAUAUAGAAGGGUGCACUUUUUUGUAUUUCAUAGUAAGCUUAAAGAGUGUUUUUGCAGGUGCAGCAACUUCUUUCAAAUGUUUUUUUUUCUCUUCAUUUCUUUUUCUUAUUUCAUAAAAUUAUAUCUAGUAAUAUAAAGAACCACAUAAGCACCCCUUUGUUCUAUGAAUUGAAAGUGCUGCCAUUUCUAAAGAAUUAUGCUGUUUCAAUUAGUGCUGUUUUUUAACACAGCUUUUGAUGGGCAGGUGAUGUAAAUUUAAAGCAUGUGACACUAGUGUGUGGAACUUGAUCAUUAAGUUAGAUGCAUAUAUUUGAAAGAUGCUUCUGCACCUUAAAAACUGCUAGUCUGAGGUGGACAGCAACACACAUAAAAAGAAAAUGUUGAUGUGUGAUUCGGUAGCGAAUGUAUGGCAAUUUAAAUAAGUUUAGUUUCUCUCAUAGUCCGUGAGCCUGUUUAUCAUUUGCUAUGAAAACUCCUAUUUUUACCUUGCCGGGGUUAUUGGAUAAAAAAAAAUAUUUUUAUAAAUUCACUAGGAAUUGGGAUGACGACUGUAUUAAGCAGGAGGUAAAAAAAAACUAAGUUUCCAGAGGGGAAAAAUAAAUGUUUAGUAUUCCUAUUUGGAAGGUCUGAAAACUGACCCAAUUUAAUAAAUGAGCCUAUGCUAGCAUUCUAUGAUUGUCAGCUAUCCCACAGUGAUACACUAUAUUUGAUAAUAGCAUAAGAAGGCCCCAGUGUUUGGUGGGAUUUUGAUAUUGUCAAACAUUGAUUUAUAUUAUGUAUAAACUAAUACUCAGAUUGCAUUAACUCUGUAUCUAGACUUGUAUCUGCAGAUAUUUGCUAAAUGAGUAUUCAGGUAAGUAAAUUCAAAUACCCACAACUUUUCCAGUUUUAGAGCAAUUUAACAGUUUAUAGUUUGUACAUCUGAAUCUGAAAAAUGAAAAGGUGCCUACUAUACAGUCAUGAAUUCUGCAAUCACUCUGCUAUUUUAUUGCAUUUGAAAUAUUUUCCCCUAAUACAAAAAGAAAUAUAACUUAAGGAUUUAUAUAAAACUUCUUCAAAUAUGAAGGUUGCUACCAGAAUAUACAGCAGGCUUUAUUAGAGUAGAAAAUCCUUGUGUGUCAUUUAAAAUCUAAGAGCUAGUGAUUUUUUUUUUUUUUUUGUGGUAACAGUUCAUUUCUUCUUUCCCAAAGUUCGGAAGCUGUCUGUCCAUGAACACGUUUGAAGAUUUGUAUUUCCGGUUGUUAAGUACAAAUAUCAGACUCCAAGAGUCUCAUGGUAUGAUCAAUGUCCUCUUUUUCCCCGUCCAUUCAUCACAGUGUUGGAUUAGAUCAAAGCCAGAACUUCCUUCUGAUUUAGACCAAAUCUAGUUGUGUUUCUCACAUGACAGGGAAAAAGAUGAUAGCUUUUAGACUCUUCUGACAUUGUGUUUGAACAAAGUCCUUUGGCAGAUGCAAAUAUUUAAUUGAAUACUUAAUCUCUGCUUCACAAACACUCAGGCAUGUGCUUAGGUCCCAUUGAUUUCAGUAGGAUUAAAUGCAUGUAUUUUUUAACAUGCUUAAAUGGUUGGAAGCUGGUCUUUAAAGAUUGUCUUCCAAGACAAGUGUAAGUUGGUAUGAAGAAAAACUUAAGAAAAGAAAUGUCAGUAGCAUUGGCAUACCUACAUGGAGAAUAGUAAUAGUUUUCAGUAGCUAGUAGCUAUUUUGAACAAUUUGUGUUGGGUAUUACUCAACACAAGUGAUGUUUCUGGUAUGGUUUUCACUGAUUCCUGGCUGAGAAUCUUGCUGCUUAGUUCAAAUGCUGUAUGAUCUCCAGCUGGAGUGGUAAUUUCUAAAGAAUUCAUUUACUUAAAACUUUUAUGCUUUGCUACUAAUGUGGCAUGUUUGUUAAAGAAUAUAGUAAAUGAAUGAUGAAAACUGUAAUUACAAAGGCUUUGACAUAGCAUAACUAUCUCAAAGGCUAUCACCAAAUCCAGUUUGAUGUCAAAACAUUUAAAAAGACAGAUGCUAUGUACAAAUCAUGCUCCUUUGGAAACAUUCAACCUACUGCUCCUACAAAGGAUACCUGAAAUGACUAGAGCUGGGAGGCAGAUUCUAUAUUUUUCUUUUUAGUUGUUUUUUGUUCAACUCUGUUCAGUGCUUCAUCACCCCCAUAGUUUCCAUUACAAAGUAGGGUAUAUUUGUUGAUUUGUUUGGAGUUUUUACUCAGCUGCCCUUCUUGAUGUUUAAUAUUGCAUUGAUCCUUGUACUGCCAGCACACAGGCAGAUAGAUGUACAGUCCACUUCUCAGUGGGUAAAGGGCUAUGGACAAAAACGUGCUUAUCUAAACCAACCUUUGCUGGAAGAACAGGCUAUUUCUCACUAUCUCCUUUCCCUCCCUGACCCAUGCUGCUGCCUCAGAUCUACCAGCAGAGCUUUGAUGAAGUCUGGGAAGCAGCUCAGCUGGCAGAUUUGUUGUGGUAGCAAGUGGCCAGCAGAAAAAGGAAGGGUAAACCAAAAUGGACAAAACUUCUGUGGUUUGGAGAUAAUGUGGCAGUGGGCAUUUGCUGGCAUUUCAAAACUAUGAGAACUGAGAUUUGAAAAAUUAGAACAAUUUAAUAUCUGUACAGCUGCUAGAUUAGGGCUCAGAAGUACGUAGUUUAUCUGUCACUUGGAAUUCAAUUGGAAACAACCAGGUAUCAGGGUUUGCAAACUUCUGAAAGACUUAUCUUUCAGAAGGAAACUGUUACUAGCUUUUUUUAUUCCCCCCACCUUACACGCAGCAGACGUUUUAUGCUUCUGGAACAUUUGCAAACUUGUCUUCAGUUAAUUUCUCAAUACCUGGAAAGUGAAGUUGACAGAAUUUACUGUGAAAGGGGGAAUAUGGAAUAGUUUUAUUGUCAAAUUAGAAACAUAAAAACAUAUGGAUAUGAAUUCCUAAAACUGAAAAGGCUUUACCCAUGUAAUCACAGGUAUUGCUUUAACAUAUGGAACUCAAACCUUGUCUUUUAGUUCUGUCAGAAUUCGGUGGUGGGUGUGAGCCCCACACAAGUACUUGUCCUUUUCACAAUUAAAGAAAAAAAAUGCGUCUUUCAUUUCUUGAUGUGCAAAAAAUAUGGGUGGUUUAAGCAAAGCAUCUAUUCAGGAAAGGUACAUGUUUACAUUAGUUAAAAAGUCUUUAUAGGGGGCCUAACCUUAAACCCAUGUAUAAUUCCUCCCCGCCUCCAAUUAAAGUCAUUCAUAUGCAAUAGAACUGAUUUGUUUUUAAAAUAAAUUUAAUUCUUCUG